UAGUACAGCAGGAAACACCUGAGGAUAUUCAACCCCCUCUUCCAAGUUCUGCUUCAAUAUUUACUUUACAGGUGGAGAAACCAUGGUUAAAUCUUCAGCACUGAGGGCAAAACCUCGUAUUUGCUUUACAUGCUUGCAUGUUGUCAGCUGAGAAUAAAAAGGCGGCCCUUACAUAAAGCUAUUCACCUAUGCUCAUUCAGAGCUUCUCUUCCCUGACAAUCGACAUUUACACUUCCUCUCUGUGAUCUGCCUGCAAAAGAACAUGGACAGGGAUCGACAGCUGAAAGCUGCCUUGUUUUGGAAGCUCCCUCUCCUUUUCCAGUUCUGCAAAGGUGACUUUGUGAUAAAUAACAACUCCAGCCUUGCUGAAGAUGCUACUAAAGAGAGCCAGGUAACAGUGGAUUACAUCAGUGAAGACUAUCUUGACUACAGUCAGUUUGAAGAGAUCUGCCAGAAAGAUGAGAUCCGGAGGUUCCACGCUAUUUUUCUUCCUGUUGCAUAUUCUUUGAUAUGUCUUGUGGGACUGGCAGGCAAUGGUCUGGUCAUGGCAACCUACAUCUAUUUCAAGAGGCUCAAGACAAUGACUGAUAUCUACCUAUUCAACCUGGCCUUAUCAGACAUCUUCUUUCUUUUGACUCUCCCAUUUCGGGCUGUUAGUGCAGCUAAGCACUGGGUUUUUGGGGACUUGGCAUGCAAAGCCAUCUACCUCAUCUGCCAGAUGAGUUUCUUCAGUGGCAUGCUGCUGCUUCUCUCCAUCAGCAUUGACAGGUAUUUUGCCAUUGUCCAGGCAACUUCAGCCCACCGCCUUCGGUCCCAGAGAAUGUUUGCCAGCAAGGUCACCUGCCUCUUGAUUUGGACAUUAGCUUCCAUAUUUUCUGUCCCAGAAGUGGUCCAUACCGGUGUUUAUGAAUCUGCUUCACACCCACCACAAUGUUCCAUCACCACAGGUGAUCAUAUAGCCUUAAGUAUCAGUAUCAAAGUAUCUCAGAUGGUCUUUGGGUUUUUCCUGCCUCUAUUCGUAAUGACUUUCUGCUAUUGUGUCAUCAUCAGAAAUUUGCUGCAACCCCACAGCUUUGAAAAAAAACAUGUAAUCAAAAUCCUUGUUGUAGUCAUGAUAGCUUUUGUCCUCCUUCAGCUUCCCUACAAUUGCAUCAUAGUCCUCAAGACCAUUUCAAACUACAACCGAACCGCUGGCCAGUGCAAUGCUAUCAAGUCCCUAGAUGUGGCUAAUGAUGUGACUUACAGCUUGGCUUGCUUCCGCUGCUGCCUCAACCCCUUCCUGUAUGCUUUCAUAGGGGUUAAGUUCCGCAACGAUGUCCUCCGGUUUCUUAAAGACCUGGGCUGCAUCAACCAAGAGCAGCUGUGGCGAUGGUCAACCUACCAGAAGAACAGUAGAUGUUCUGUUCCUACAGAAACUGAUACCACAACUUCUUUCUCCCCAUGAGAUGCUGGAACUCUGCACAACUAAUAUCAUAGGUGCUUGGCAACAG